AUGCACGAUUACGCUGGUUUCCCAACAAACGAACCAGGAUUUCGCCGUGUAUUUUGCCGCUGGACAGCUGAAGGGCAAGCUAAAGCUCAACAAAAGCUCUGUUUAAACAACGUAAACGGGGACUACGUUUUUUUCAGAGUUUCGAUGCGAAGAGGCGAAUCAAUCGAUGGCGGUAAUGAUCAACAACAAGGACAGCGGACGGAAACCACGAUGCAUCGAGCAUGA